AUGCUUUGCCCUGAGCUGUGGAAGUUUCCGACGCCUUCCUAUACCGUCGAACGUUUAGUGAGUACAUCCAACUGGGAAAAGCUAAAAAAGACGCACAAAAUACGGAAGGCAAUCGAAGCUCAGCAGCUGAAUCGAAUAGUGUCGGUUGUGAUUCCUGCUAAUGAACCGCAAUUCAUUCAGGGGCUGGAAGUUGAUUUUUCUGGACCCAAUUGUACGCUUUACCGUGUGCGACACUUCCCUGUGAUGGAGAUGCUGAAAAGGGAGUUUAUGGAGGGUUUUGUUAAGCGUGGCACAAUGUAUGCAAUCAGCACAAACACGAACUUGGAAACGAAAAAUUGUGCGGCGAUUACUCCAUCGGGUGAGUUGAUCAUGAGCAUCCACCGAGAAACGCUCGAGAAGUUGGAGGGCAAUUUCACCACCAGUGCACGUUCGCCUAAUGGAAACAAAUGUGUCAUUAAAAUUGAUUUAACUUCACCAGAUGCGAAAAAACAGUUAAAAAAUACGACACUAGCGUUUGACCUAACGCUCCGUUGGAUUCCUCCUGGUGACGAAUACAGCAACAGCGGCACAAGUGGUAAAGUUAGCGCUAGCUCGAUUGCAAAAUACUUGCGCGACAAUUGCCAACUUCAAGUUGAGACAGUGUCUGCUGGCUGUAGGAAAAUGGUGCGUAGCGAUGAAUCGAUACCUAAAACAGACCACACGGACAACCUAUUUACGGAGAAUAGUGAACAAUCGUUGUGUACCAACGAUGAAUUGCUCGAGUACAUUGGCAUGCUGGCGCUCGAUUGCAAGACAACAUCGGACGAGUAUGUUAGUAGCUAUAGGAUAGACGAACCGGACCGAAAAACUGAAACUGUAUCGAUAUUUCACGGACACGGGAUCAUAACGGCGGAAGAGAUCGAACGGUGUAUAAUGCGUGUAGUGACAUUGUUAAGCGAAUGUGAGACUAUUCCGUGGGUGGGAAUGCAUGUGCAAGGCUUUGCUAAUGUGCCAUUAACUAGUGCAAGUCGUGGAGAAGCUGGGAUUUAUUGGAAUUACGACAGUGGUUACACCAUGGUAAUCACGAGCCAGAAGCUGCUUUGGAGCAGAUGCUUUGGGCGUCGUUUGUGA